UGAGAGCUGGAAGCGAUUUCAGAACACGUGAUCGUGUUGAAAACAUCCUGCAACGUGCACCUUGUGAAUAAUCUUAACGUCACUUGGCUUCUAAUAGAAAGACUGAAUCUUGUUCGAGGAUUACAAGAGACUGGAGAAGCAGGAUUAACUUGUCAAUGAAACGAGACAUUCAGAACGCUAAUUGCAAGAUUGGCGAAGGUAAUGUUUACCAAACGAUAGAACCUCAGUCUACGUACUACGCUACAGUUAGUAAGCUUUGUGGCGACAAUCGUAUAUUACGAGAUGAGUAAAAACGUAGAUGCUUUGUCGGAAGAGAUCGACGAGUUGGUGUUACGUAAAUUGGAAUUAAUGGAGGAGAAAAUUCGUGGAAACGUUCAGAUGGAAACAUUGCUGAAGGAUGGCCACAUCGAGCUGGCAAAGGCGAAAUAUAUUCGUGGAAAGGAGAACAUCAGUAUGUUACAGGUUCCAAAUAACGAGGACACCGUGACGUCCUUGUUUGACUUGGAAACUAAAACGACGGACGAAGAUAACGACAGUGUACUAUGUUUUGACAUCAGUUUUAAAAAGUCAAGCGAUGACGCGGAUGGGCCAGGGGAUCCUUUAAAAUGGUUCGGUGUAUUGGUGCCGCAAAACUUAAGGAACAGUCAGAAACGUUUCCAGGAAUCCGUCUAUUUUGCUGCGAAAAUAGCAAAUGUACAGGCGGAGCUUAUUUCUGUACUUUCCAAGCUUAAGACACUGUGUAUUCAAAAAGAUAGUUUGCGUUCUCCAAAUGGUAUUAAAACUUAACCAGUGAACGAAAAUUAAUCAAUGAUUUUUAGAAAUUUGUGUGCGGUUAUAUAAUAAAAACUUCCUACCUACAGGAAUGAUUAAUUUUAAACCAUAUACAAAUUUUAUUCAGACUGAUAAAAGCAGUUUUUAAUGUAUGUAAUAUAUCAGACAAAAUUGCUGUAUUUAUUGUUCUAAUAUGUAAAAUAUAUAAUUAGAGAUAUAUA